CUGUAAUUUGUUUUCGCGUCCUGGGGAGCCAACAUUGAGCUAAGAGGUGCGGAUAAGGCAGGACAACCAAACUUGCGGCUGCUUCCAGAUCAAGCCCUCUCCUUCUCACUGGAGGAUUCGAGCAUCUCCUUUUUUUCUUCUUUUUCGUCCCCAUUCUCUUUUCAUCCUCUCAAUUCUCUCCUUCGUUUGGGUUCUGUUGCCAGGCACUGGAAGAAAAAAGUGCUUAUUCCUCCUCUUAUUCAACGUAACAUCCGCCCUUUUACAGAAAAAAAAAAUUACUUGUCGUCCGGUUCUGCUUCUUCGACAAAAAAAAAGACCUUCCACCUCAUCGAGACCAUGAGCUUAUUCGGAAAGCCGGCCGCGCAAAGCGGCGGCGGGAGCCUCUUCGGUGGCAGCUUGUUCGGGCAGCCGCAGCAACAGCAACAGCAACAGCAACAGCAACCUCAGCAGCAGCAGCAUCAGCAGGGCGGAUUGUUCGGAACUCAACAGACCCAACAAAACCAAGGAACAUCGAGUCUUUUUGGCAACCAGCAGAAACCUGCCGCGACGGGCAGUCUGUUCGGCGGACAACCACAACAACAAAAUCAAGGCACAACAAGUAUAUUUGGUGGACAGCAGCAACCACAGAACCAGGGUACGACCAGUCUGUUUGCGGGACAGCAGAACCAGGGCACAUCGAGCUUGUUCGGGGGCUCUCUGGCGCAACCUCAGCAACAGCAACAGCUCCAACAACAACAACGACAUCAACAACAACAACAACCGCAGCUGAUGCCUGUUCUCGCGCAGUCGCAGGCGCAGCUAUCAAGCUCUCUGUGGCAGCCGAAUGAUACACCACGAAACCAGAAGCCGCCCAUUGAGCAAAUCGCGACGACGUUCCGAAAGUGGCACCCGGACGACCCCAGCUGCGUGUUCCGCCACUACUUCUACAACAAGGUGGACGAAGCGGCGGUCCCUUUCUACAAGCCGGGGCCGAACGAGGACCCGAAAGAAUGGGAGGAAGCGCUGCAGAACAAGCCGGGGCAGGGAUUCAUCCCGGUGCUCUGCGCCGGGUCCGCGGGGCUGGCGAACCGGCUGCAGACGCAGAAGCGGGUGGUGGCCGAGCACAACGUGCGGCUGCACCAGGUCAACGCCAGCCUGGACGCGAUCCUGUCGCGGCACGACCUCGAGACGAGCGUACGGGCGCUGGCGGCGCGGCGGCGGCACGUGGCGCUGCGGCAGCGCUGCCUCGCCCUCGCGGCGCGCGUCCAGGUCCUGCGCAACCGCGGCUACGCGCUCAGCGGCGACGAGGACGACUUGCGGGCCAAGCUGGCCGAGUUGGACCGCUCUGUCCAGGACCCGGCGCUGAGCGCGCGCGAGGAGGAGCUGUGGAGCAGGCUGAUCCAGAUCCGGGAGUGCGCCGACCAGGUCUUGAAGGAGGCGAGCAAGCCGGCUGUGGCUAAUGGGGAGACCCUGGGUGAGGAGACGGAAUGGAAGGUUAAAAAGGUGCUCGAAGACUACGGCAAGCAGAUCCAGCACCUCAAGAAAGAAAUCGAGUCCAUCACCAAAGAUUAUGAAUUGUGGGAGAAGGAGAUGGACGCGCGGUGAAGAGGCAUAUCGAUGGUUUAUGCCGGGGAGGGAUAGGGACCAUUGUGUUCGAUGUAAGGUCCGCAGGAUUUGUAGGCGAUUGAGCUUCGGCUCAAGCUAUGGCUCCGGCGUAGCGUGUUUCUAUUUGAACGAAGGUCGCGUGGUAACAUAGUGGCAUGGGGAGGAAGAACACCGGCGAAGACGAGACACAAUUGAUACCAUCAGAAACCCCGGAGAUGUCCGUCUUCCAAUUAUCAUGACGCAUUGUCUAUUCCAAGGGCGGGGUGAUUUCGGCGCCCCUGAUGCCGAUUAUACUACAAUAUAUUGUACACUGGUGCCAUUCUGCACAUGCUGGGC